UGGAUUAUUGUUUUGUUUUUUGCCCCUCCGUCGGCUUUUGUUUCGCUUGCCGCUCUCAUUAGUAAUAUAUAGAUAAUACAGUAAACGAAGAAGGCGACAAACACUCAUCUCAGGAUUUUUGUUCAUUUCUUAAAUCGUGUCGGGAUGUAGUGGUAGGUCCCGGGGCGCGGAGUGACAGGCACGGCACAAGAUGGCGGCGGGCGGGGUAAGCGCGCAAUGGAGGAGGAGGCGGGGGGAGGAGUAAAGGAGCUUUGUUCCCCUGGCUUCCCGGGUGGGGAGAAGGCCUUCGCCGCCGCGCUUUGGGCGUUCUGAAGAGACGCGGCUACGAGUUACCGCUUCGAGUGCCGGGGGUUUGAGAAGUGUCCCCCUCCCCCCGGCGGCCGGGCCAUGAAGAGCCCGGGACCCCCGGAACCGUGACGCGUGAGCCGCCCCCCUCCUCCACCGGCGCCGCCGCCGGAGCUCCCUGUAUGGCGGACAUGGCCCCGGCGCUAACCGGAGCCCCACAGGAAGCUCCCCACCGGCUGAAGCUGAGCGCCUCGUCCCCGGCCACCGAGCGAGGUCUGCCCGUGUGGAAGCCGGAGCUAAACGGGGCGGGCAGCCUCCUCCUACUAAACGGGCGAAGCGAGGACUGUGCCCCGGAGCGGCCGGGCAAGAGCAGGUGGCUGCCGGAGGCCGAAGACAGGAGGCCGGAGAAUGUGCCUGAGUCCGGGAUUACUGCCGUGGAGGACAGGCCGGGGGAGGGCGCGGAGACCGGGGCCCUGUGCGCGCGGAGGGCGGCACGCAUGAGCAGCCGGCAGCAGGAGCUCGGAGCCCGGGCCCGCAGGCUCUGCCGGAGGCUGCAGGUCAUCCAGGCCAAGCAGGUGGAGCGGCACGUCAGGCAGCAGCUGGCCGGGCUGGUGGAGCUGCUGGCGGAGCGGGGGGCGGCGGGGCUGCCGGGGUCCCCGCACACCGAACUGGACAGGUUGGCGAGCAGCUCCACGGCCCGGCUGCGGGCGGCCCAGGGAGGCUUCGACUCGGACGCUACAGAGAGCAGCUCCGGGGAAGAGAGCGACGGAGAGGAGGCGUCAGAGAGCAGCCCGGAGCGGGGGGAGAGGAGCGAGGAGGAGCCGCGGCCAGCCCCGGGGUCUCAUCAGCGUGCGUCUCAUCAGCGUGCACAGUGGAGGUGGACGAUGGAGCGGGCGGCUAUUAUCUGUCGCUGGACCUGGUUACAGGCUCAGGUUUCAGACCUCGAGUUUCGGAUAAGGCAACAGACGGAGAUCUACAAGCAAAUCCGAUGUACUAAGGGAAGUGUUGUGCUUGGGGACUCUCCGCAGAGCGAGGACACCACGCCGCGCCAGUCCGCAGGACCUUCAGCAGUGCUGAAUACAAGAGGCAGCCGGUUGCCUUCUUCCUCGUGUUCCCCAUCUGUCGUUAAAGCCCCAUCCGGUAACAGUCUAUGUCAAGCCUCGUCUGUCACUUCUUCCUCCUCCGCUCUGCCGAGUGCAGACAAACAGUGUUCCCGCCUUACACAGUCUGAAAAUGUUGCGUGUCAAAAUCCUCCCACCAAGUCAGUGUGCGACUUCCCCGGAUCCCAAAAAUCAUCUCGUCAAGUCAACGGAUUCAUAAAUUGUGUGCGUCCCAGUCUGUCUUGUAAUGGUUCCUCAGAAGAUCUGGAUCCUGAAGAAGUGCUGGGGAAAAAACGCCGUGUUGAGGGCCUUUCUGCAGCACCAGCGCUCCCCGACUCCUCCUGCAUGGCUGCCAGAACACGACCCUUGCGCGGGCACAAGAAACGCCGAUUGGUCAGAUCCAGUGAGGUGUCGUCUCUCAGCAGGAAGCCACAGAAGCAGCUGUCCACGAAGUGUGGCUGUGAGCCUCCAACCACUUGCAUUCUUUGCGGAUGCAAGACUUACUUGAAGACUACACAUCCCAGCACCAUGAGCGAGCGCAUAGCACUAAUCGAUCCAUGCUACCACCCCAUCCUCUCCUUCCCCUACGAUACACCCCUUAAUUUGCACUUUGAAGCAUUGCUGAAAGAAGACAGGCAGUUCCGGGUCUCUCACAAACUCAAAGCUCUCAAGUUUUCUCAGCUGAGCAAAAAACCCUCAGAAAAGUUGCGUAGAGACUGUCAUAGCCCGACGCCGGACUUCACAGGCAGGUCUCUGUUCCGAGAGGACAAGCAGCACAGAGGAACGCCGAACUCCAGCAUACACAUAUCCAGCCCCGUGACUCCAAGACCAAGCAAUGCAGCCCAGCAGCUUUCAUCCCUCACAGAAACUCCCCCUUCAUCCAACUCAGCGGCUCUCAAGCGGAAAAGGUUUGAAAAUUCAUAUGACAUAGAUAACAUUGUCAUUCCAAUGUCUAUGGCGGCGGCAGCUCGUGUGGAGAAGAUACAGUACAAGGAGAUCCUAACCCCUAGUUGGCGAGAGUUGGACCCUUCAGAGCAAACAUCCCUGGAAGAAGAUCCACAGCUUGAGGAUCUGUCCGCAGAGGCAUAUCAGAACCGCCACAGUGCAUACGAGGAUAUGGAGCGUUCCCGCUGGGAUUCCUGGACUUCAGCUGCUUCGCAGAGGCGAGGAAGCAGAUCCUCUAACAAAUCUGAUGGUCGAUGGACGCCACAACCCUCAUCCAAUAGCCAAGGGUCGUUCCAACAGCCAGCCUCUCCGGACUUUGGUUUCCACAGCCUUAAUGAGGUCCCACUAACCCUGUCAUCUGCUGCAACAGACAACCAGGAGCCUUACAGCACUCUCCAAUGCCUCUCUGUCUACAGCCGCACCAGGGGGCUUUCCUGGAGUGAAGACACCAGAUCUUCCACCCCUGAGGUCCCAGAUGAAGAAGAACAGACUGUUGCACCUUGGGAACAUCGCUCAUUUCCCCUCUCAGACCGAGACCAUCGCGUUCUCCAGAGUUCGCCAGUAACUGCACCGAACAGAAACAGGAAUAAGCCUGAUGUGCUGUGUAACGCAGGGAGCAAGUCUGGCCUCCAGGCUGAGGGCAUGGACUCUGGCAUGUCAGCAGAAGACCUCAUCACCACCUCCAAAGAUCCCCCUCUACCCAACAGCAUUUCAGUUGUUCGAUUUCGUGCCCAUAGCGGUGAGAAAAUCGCAAGCCUGGAAUAUUUUCCCACUAGGCCGGUGAACAAGAGAUGAGAGCGCCUCCUCUUUGUAAGACGUGUACGACCAGAGAAUGCAAAUCCCAUGUACUUUAUUUCAGUAUCAAGUGCUUGGCUGACUUGCCGGCCCAGGCAGAAAAGUAGGAGCCACCAGUAAUUGGUCGGGGGUCCUGGGCUCAGCAGCACACUGAAGUAAAAGGCCUAUGAUGAGGUUAUAGCAGAGAGCAAAGGCCACAGGCUGAACCUCAUGCCAUUUAACGUAGGCAGUGGGAAAGUCUCCCGAUGUGGACAACGCCAAUAUCCUGCAGCUUCAUGAGGUGCAAAAGGCAGGGUAGGUACAUGGAGCAGGCUGAGGAAGGCAGAGAGGGGGAGGAUUUAUAGGCAUUUCUGAAUGGGGGGCAAAAAUCGGGUUUAGACCCUUAACCGCCACAAGGAGCGCUCUUCAGCUACAGAUGGUAAGAUGCUCUUCGGGUGUCAGUUUCCGUCACUAGUUCUUAGCUUCUGUUCUUCAUCACUGUGUAACCUUACAGCAGGAGAAGCCGAUUCUCCACAUGUCUGGCGGCACAUCCACAGGACACAGCGCCGUGAGCGGCCACAGCCUCGACAAGGAGAGAAAAUAAUGAAGCAGCAAAGCGACUGGACUGAGAUUCCUCUCCCUUUCCCUGGGAACAAAAUUGUGUAAUUGAAUGAGUGGGAAGAAUUGUCUCCUGUCUGAGAAUAGCCGGGUGUAUAUGGAGGUAGAUUAAAAAUAAUAAAUUCUAAAUCAUAUUGGA